GUCUCUGCAUGCAUGGCCUGCAAGGACUGGGGGCCCAAGCAGGUGGCGCAAGGCCUGCGAGAGCGUUUCUACCGCGAGGUCACAGGCGCAGACUUCAGUGGAUGUACCUGGCGUCACCUUUGCGACUUCAUGUUGACCAGGCGGCUUCUACACUCGGCACGUGGCGCACAGGGGGAACGGCGAGCCCUUGUAGAUCAGGGUUGUGGUCCCGUGGUGCACAUUUGCCAGCCGUCUCCAGUCUUCCUGCUGUUUCUGGACGGUGCUGUUACCUUUGCACUGCUCCGCAGUGGAGAGGUGCGAUGUCAUCGUAGCAGCACCGGACAGAUCUUGGGGCAGUCCACACGGCUGGGAAAAGGCCGACAACUGCAAGCUGCCGCCUUGCUGGGAUGCGAGGCCUUCGUUCUGGGAGAUGACCAGGGUGGCCUGGUGCUCUUGCUGCGGGAUGACCUAAGUGAGAGCCAGCAGCUGCGCAGUCAAGGGCCGCCGGGCGGCGUCGCGUCGAUGGCAGCGUUGCAGGAAAACCAACAGGCUUGUGUGGCAGUGAACAUGGACGGCAGCAUCGAGUUGAUCCAAGUCAAUUUGGAAGAUGACAUCCCUGCCGCAAGGAUCCAUCCCGUGUGUCGCAUGGACUCCUUGCAGAUGAUCCCUGCCAUUUGCACCUACAACUUUGCUGACACGGACUUUGCCCUGGUCACCGCGGGUCCUCGACGAGUUUGGAGCAUCACCUUGGACGCAGAUCAGCAGUGCCAAUCGUUGAUGAGUGAAGGUACUGAGCCUCCCAUGCCAGACGCUCCAGGUGGGAACUGGGAACUGUGGGGCUUUGGGCCAUCUCUUGGUGUUUCCUACCACUUGUUUGAAGGAAAACCCAAGGUCCAUCAUCAAAAACUGUGCUGA